AUGGACGCCAAGCUUCGGGACGCCAAGCCGGACCCUGUGUCAAUAGCGCCUUCUGUCAAGAUCCGACACGACUUCCCUGCAGCCGAGCGUGUCCCCGCCCACCGGGGCCUGGAGCCGGCCCAGCUCAAGGCCAACAGCUCUGCCACGUCCGGCCAGCUCCCCGUGCUGGCUCCCAGGGCACCUGGCACGGCCCACUGUCACUCAGCGUAUGCACUGCACACACUGCACGUGGACGUGUAUCAGCGCGGCCCAGAAGCUCGCCUAACAGAGCGCGCCGCGCGCCAUCCGGGGCGCCUCCCGUGCCGCUGCCGCGUCGGCGGGGGCUUCGCGCGAUGCCCUGCCGGAGCCGAUGGCGCUGGGAGCAACAUCCAGAAGCAUCACCAGCACAGAGCGCUGAGCAAGCUCGGUCACCAACGCCCGUGCGGGACGCCAGACCUGUACGGCGUUUUUAUGAGUUUGUCGGAGCUGAAACUUGAGCGAAAUCUCACGCGCUCCCGGAGCAGUUUCUCUGCCACCCUUGAGCCCCAGAGCAGCCUGCUCCACCCACGGGUCCGUGGUGUGCUCGGCCGGCUCCUGGGUGCGCAUUCCACGCCGCCACCCACACCCGCCUCGGCUCAGCUGGAGCUUUGUCUGUGUUCCACACUCUGCCAGCGACAUCCCACGCCCGUCACCGGAGCCAGCCCUUCGCGGCAACUGGCUGUUUCUGUCCUCUUCAAGCGCCAUGGCCGUCCCUGCGAGCCCAGCCCGGGGCCGUCCGCUCCUUUUGACACCCCGUUUGUUCUAACAGUUCAGUGCAAAACGGCACGUGCCCAGUGGGACCCUCCUGACCGUGGGCCUGGGCAGGGAGAGGCUGGGCUGUGCUUGGUGGGGGGGCUUGGGGCGCCGCUCUGGCCUGCACCCCGGGAGGGGAGGGGAGGGGAGGGCGGCGGGCUGUUGGAAGGCGCGCAGCUCGCAGAAAGCUCAUCUGCUCUGUCCGUCCCCGCAGGCUCGUGGGUGGAGCUGCACUUCAGCAAUGGGAGCGCGAGCAGCGCUCCAGCCUCGGUUUCCAUGUACAAUGGGGACAUGGAGAAGAUACUGCUGGACGCCCAGCACGAGUCUGGUCGGAGCAGCUCCAAGAGCUCACACUGUGACAGCCCGCCUCGCUCGCAGACCCCGCAAGAUACGAACAGAGUGUCCGAGGCCGACAGCCACAGCAUCGGAGAAAAGAACAGCUCCCAGUCGGAGGAGGAUUACCUGGAGAGGAGGAAGGAGGUCGAGAGCAUCCUGAAGAAAAACUCCGACUGGAUCUGGGACUGGUCGAGUCGGCCGGAGAACGUCCCCCCCAAGGAGUUCCUGCUCCGGCGCCCGAGGCGCACGGCCGCGCUCAGCAUGCGCAACACCAGCGUCAUGAAGAGGGGCGGCGUCUGCUCGGCCGAGUUCCUCAAGGUCUUCCUUCCGUCCCUGCUGCUGUCGCACCUCCUGGCCAUCGGCCUGGGGAUCUACAUCGGACGGCGCCUGACCACCUCCACCAGCACCUUUUGAUGGAGAGCUGGAGUCGGCUUCUUCCUGGAGCGGGAUUGACACCGGAGCUUGCGACACAGCUAGCUGCAGAGCUGUCGUGGUCCUCGCGGCCGCACCGCUUGUGUGUGUGUGUGUUCUGUAGAUGCUGCAUCCCUAGUGAGACGAAAGGACGGACACUCAGCCAGGCUACCCUGUAGUCACACCUGUGGGAUCAGUUAGUGAGCAUGCCACGCUGACAUCUACUGUAAUUUGGUAAUGUGUUUUCUUUAUAAUAUCCAAAUAUCUAAGUAUAAAUAAUUUUACCGUGUUCGUCAUGAUGUGUGUAGUAUUUUAACAAAAUUGUGUGAUCCUUAAUUCAGUUAAAACACUAAGUAUUUCGGGAGAGUGAGUGACGUUGACGUUCAGAUGAACUAUGUAAAGGUCCACCCAGACUGACACUGUGGCCUUCUAGUCACUGCUACAGGAAUUGUGGUAAGUGGGCACGGCUGUCCUCAAAGACCGCCGCUGCCCGCUGCUGUCCUUGGUCACGCUGUAAACAGCCGUGGGCACAGGGCAGCCCUGUGCAGCGCACACUGGCCUGCUUCCUGUCGCCGGGUGGGCUGAGCGACCACCUGGGAUGACGAGGCUGCCAUCUGCCCAGCCCCGUCCUCGUCCCACUCAGACUGCUGAAUUGAGGCGUGUCGUGUCGUCUGAUCGAUUUUUGCGUGCUCUUCGAAUCGGCUUCAUUCUCAGCAAAUCUGUGUCUACUUUAAAAGACUGGAAAUAGGAAAAAAUAAAUCUUUGCCAAAUCUUUCAGAGGUGACUGUAUUUACAUAUGGUUUAAAAUGACACGUCAUAAAAGCUUUUUGAUUAAACCGGCUCAGUUCCCCUUGUCGAGUUCUUUAUUUUCUCUACAGCAUGUUUCAAAGGCUGCCUGUUUGAUACACUUUAUAUGCUGUUCACUAAAUUCAGUUGUAUUAAAAUAAAUGUAACAGUUUUUUAAAA